ACCCUCGGCCACACACAAGAUGGCGGCGCGGAGGUCCUUCCCGGUCCCUUUGGCGCUCUUCACCAGGCCGCCAUGCUGGUGAGGGCGAGCGCGGCGCUGCGGCGGGGCCUCCCGCGGAGCUUGCACUUCGGCGGCGGCGGCAAAGGAGCGCUCGCCGCUUGCUUCCCGUUGAGCCACCGGGCGCUCCUUCGCCUCCAAGGCCCGGAGGCCCUCCCUUUCCUCCAAGGCCUGCUGACCAAUGACGUGACGCGCUUAGCGGAGGUGGGCGGAGCCGCGCCGCGCGCGCUUUACGCGCACGCCCUCAGCGUCCAGGGGAGGUGUCUCUAUGACGUCAUCGCGUACAGGGUUCGUGAAAACAAACAAGAAGAGUCCCACAUCCUGCUGGAAUGUGAUGCCACUCUCCUGGACAACUUUCAGAAACAUCUGAAGCUCUAUAAGAUCCGCAGGAAAUUAAACAUCACUCCCUGCGUUGACCUCUGUUUGUGGGCUGUUGUCCCAAAGGAACCAUCGGAGGACGUGCCUGAGCAAGAUGCUGGCAGAGCGGUGGUCCUGACCCCAGAUCCCAGAGUGAACCUCAUGGGCUGGAGGCUGAUCACCAGCAAAGACACAAACCCUCUGGAGAUCGUCCCUGGAAGCCAGAUUGGAGAUCCAAAGGAUUACCACCGGCACAGGUACCGACAAGGUAUACCUGAAGGUGUGAAAGAUCUACCUCCAGGAACAGCUCUGCCCUUGGAGUCCAACCUGGUUUAUCUGAACGGCAUAAGUUUCACCAAAGGCUGUUAUGUCGGCCAGGAGUUGACCGCGAGGACUCAUCAUAUGGGCGUCAUCCGGAAACGCCUUCUACCCAUACAACUUUCACCGCCGGUGCCUUUUGAGAGUCUGGCCGAAGGCACCGAAAUUGUGACCGGGUUGGGAAAGUCGGCAGGGAGAUUUCGGGCAGGGGAAGGCGAGUUUGGAAUAGCGUUGCUGCGAUUGGCUACAGCGAACGAGCCGCUGCGGCUUAGGCAGGCCAGCGAUUCACAAGUGACUGUCACCGCUUCUAUUCCCAAGUGGUGGCCCCCACCUGCCCAUAAAUAGCAGCGUCUUCUGCUGGAAGUGAUUUGCCUCGUUUAUGCCUGGCGGGCUUGAAGUUUAUUGUCUUCAGAAAUUGUCUUUUCGCCAUUCUAUCUCGUGCAAAAUUAGCAGCUUUCAAAGGAGGAAUGUUUUUGGGGGGUGCCUACUCGUACAGCGAUGGAAGACUGUGAAAGCUUAGCUCCCUGUUAUUUUUUUCUCUGACAGUGAUAUUUUUCUAGAUUUGUCAGAUUCUUCAUCUCUCCCUCUCCUUCCUUCCUUCCAGAAGGACACAGUCCAACAGGCAAGGAAAGAACUGGACUCCUGUUCAGCUUUGCCCAAGUUGGCCAACCCUUGAUUCA